AUGUUUCGCGAAACUCAAUGCAUGGUACUGCAUCCGUGGGCUGCGACCAAUAUCUCCAAGCACGACGAUCUGAACAGAAGGAGAUCUGCUCUAGAUCUCGGCAUGUCGGUACCUGGGUUGAAUGGCUCGGCGUGCCGAAUGCUGAAUUCUAGCUCAGAAAUCAAUCAACACUUAAAAGAUACUUCUUACAAAAUCACAACUCACUCAAGCUUAUUGAAUAAAAAGAGAAGGAUACCAUUCCUCCUAGAACACCGCCACUCAUCUGAGUUCUUUAACUAG